AUGUCUGGCCGCAAUGAUCAACCCCAGCAGGACGGACUGAACCCUUUGCAAGAAUAUCAAAUUGAAAUCGCAAUCGGCAAUGUUCUGCGCAUAUCGGAAACCUCUCCACCGGAGUCCUUAUCCUGGGAAAAUCGAGUACUAGUUGCGAGAACAGCCAUAGCAACAUUCGAAAGGACGGGGUUCAUACAGUUGCCCAACUAUACGACUGAACGCACCUUCGUCAUUGGGGCAUUGCAGAGGCUUGCACAUCACGAACCCGACAGUGCUGGUGUCCUUGAUAUCUCGGAUUGGUGCAUGCAGCAAUGGCUGCUACUCCUCCAAGGGAAUGGUAACGACUCAGACGCUCUUCGAGGCCUCGGUCAGAAUUGGUUGGCACGCUCUCAAAAUGUUCUCUCGCGAAUACAUCGAAAUGAAGGAAGCUCAUCCAGCGGAAGCAGUGGCAGACCGCAAAGCAUGAAUGAUAGAGUCUCAUACACAUCCUCACAAGAUGCUAGAGAAGCAGAACGGGCAGUCAUUGAAGCCGACGCACGAGCUCAUACGGCGGACUACGUCGAAGCACGCGGGAUGCUUAUUCCAGCAGUCGACUACUUCUCCAGGGCGGUCGAUGCUGCUGAUGAAAACGGGAGAUUGAGUGGCGAGUUACUGUCGGAGGCUGCGGAAGCGAACAUGAGUCUAGGCAAUGUUUCCUAUUCUCAUCAAAACGAGCAGUACUUCCACAGAGCCAUUCGAUAUCUGCGGAGAGCAGCCCAGACGCCAGACUUUCGUCUCUCCCCUUACUUACAGAGUUAUCUCGAUGAUUAUGUGUUGGAAGCACGGCUGGAGCGGGCUGCGGACCUGAAGAAGGUCGUGGACGCCAUCAAAGACCUUGUUCAGGAUUGCAACUUCGACUGCAAUGACUCUGGUGUCGCACUCCAAGCAAUGGACAAUUCCCACGUCGCCCUAGUCUCCAUGAUGCUCAAAGCAGAAAUGUUCUCUCCCUACCGAUGCGACCGCAACAUCGCCCUCGGGAUUAACCUGAACUCCCUGACAAAGGUCCUACGUGCCGCCCAAAACGAUGACAUCCUCACUCUGAAGGCCGAAGACGCUCCAGAUGUCGUCAACCUGGUGUUCGAGAGCAGCGAGACGGACAGACUCAGCGAGUAUGACAUCAAAUUGAUGGACAUUGAUCAAGAGCAUUUGGGAAUUCCAGACACCGAAUACGCGGCGACAAUCGAGAUGCCCAGUGCAGAGUUCGCGCGUAUCUGCCGUGACUUGCUUGCUAUGUCAGAAUCUGUCUCUAUCGAGGCAAACAAGGACGGUGUGCGAUUCGCGUGUCAAGGCGACAUUGGCAAUGGAAGUGUCACAGUCCGACAGCACAACAACAUGGACAAGCCUGAACAAAAUGUCUCCAUCCACCUCUCCGAACCUGUCUCCUUGACAUUCUCUCUCAAAUACCUCGUCAACUUCUGCAAAGCUAGUGGUCUCUCAUCGAGAAUCAAACUCUGCCUUUCGCAAGAGGUACCGUUAUUGGUGGAGUACACUCUGUCCGGGAGCAGCUAUCUUCGGUUCUAUUUGGCUCCAAAGAUUGGCGAUGACGAAUGA